AUGGGAGAGAAGCUCGCUCAUCAUUGUGACGCGCAAGACUGCUUCAAAUUCCAGGGAAAAACACUUUACAUUACCAUCGUCAUGAUGUAUUCCCCAGCACCUGGUGCACGAGCUGUCGUGGAUCAAAGCGAUUCGUCAGCAUCAGAACACUCAUCUCCCAUACCCAACGCGACCGUACCCGCAUCUCGGCAAAUCUCGCAACGCAGUCCGUCUAAUUCAAAUAGCAAUCUUUCUGGGCAUCGGCAAAGCUUUGCUGAGAAUAUGCGCGCGAUGCCAUCUUCUCCGCGUCAUCGACCACCUUCACUAACGCAAGCUGCCGUUCAAGAGCUGAUGAACAACCCGCCGACGAAAAAGCAUAGCAAUUCCAAAUUCACUGGCCGUGAUUGGAGAGACAUCACGGUCGGCGAACUCGUCUCCCCAGAGGAUGUCUGCUGGGCUGAACUAGACGACAGCGUGGAGGCUGCAACAAAGAUGCUGUUGAAGAGCCCAACCAGCGUCGUCCUCGUCCGCGACUCGCAGACCUCGAAUACCCUCAUCUCUACUUUCGAUUUCAGCGAUUUGAAUACGUACCUUCUCCUUGUCGUUGGAUUGGCAAAGCCUGAGGAUCAUCAGAUUGCUCUCUUCAACGACAUUAUAUCCAAGGCUCAGCAAAACCAAAGAAUACCUCUCCGGACGUUACAGCCAAUAUUUUGCAGAGAAGCGACAGUCCAGCUAGACACCAACAGUAGUCUGUCCCAGGCCAUCGAGAUUCUGGGCAGCGGGAUACACAGAAUUGUCAUAUCCGACCUAUCCAAUAAUGUCGUUGGUGUCGUGAGCCAGCUGCGUGUGGCCGACUUCUUCUGGAAUGAAGGUGUAAAUUUUCCCACGAUUGAGCGCCUCUAUCCUACUAUGCUACGUGAUCUCAGCAUAGGGACACAGAAUACUAUUUCAGUCAACUCUGACUCGCCGCUCUCAAAAGCUCUCACGACAAUGCAUGAAGAGGGGCUAACGAGCGUUGCUGUGGUUGACAAUGGCCACAAUGUGGUUGGCAACAUCUCAACCAAGGAUGUUCGCCAUCUCACAAGCACUUCAAGCGCUCCUCUUCUAAACUCUUCCUGCAUGCACUUCAUUUCGAUCAUCCUGAAUGAGCGUGGUGUGGAAAAGGGCCAGGAUGCGUUUCCGGUCUUCUAUGUUAACCCAUAUUCCAGCCUAGCCCACACUGUUGCCAAACUAGUGGCAACAAGAUCGCAUCGUAUGUGGGUUGUUGAAUCGGCCUCGCCUUCUCCCUCUACUCCAGCAACGCCAUUGCUAUCUGCGCAAGCCUCCUCAGCCGCGGCACCGCCAUCUCCGGUGCCCGCAGCUUCUGUACCGGCUUCUGCGCUUGCCGGUGCCCGACUUUCUGGGAAGCUUACUGGUGUCGUUUCAUUGACUGAUGUGCUCAAUAUUUUUGCCAAGACUACGGGUUUGAAGCCGGGUGACCCCACUGAGCUCCGCGCAAGACGUCGUAGGAGCUCUAGCAGCUCGAUUCGGCCCAGCCUAGAUCUGACCAGAGCUGGUACAGAUGCCCGUUGGUAG